AUGCUAUCCAAAGUCUUUAAUAAGAAGUUUAAUUCCCUCACAUUCUAAUCUGUUUCUAACUUUUCAACCUAACACUCCAGAAUUUGCAUUAUCGGUGGUGGCUCCGCUGGAUAAGCUGUUGCAGCUCAACUCUACAGAACAAGAAGAUUCAAAGAUAAUGAGAUUGUAAUCAUUGAUCCAGCAUAGACACAUUACUAUCAACCCUCUUUUACAAUGAUCGGUGGAGGUGUGCUUGGUUCCAAUCAGCAAGUCUAAAAAAAGCUAAAUACAUAUGUGGCUAGACCAAUGUAGAAAAUGGUAAUGAAAGGUGUCUAAUUGAAGCAAGAUUCAGUAGUUAAGAUUGAUUCAGAUAAUAGUGCAAUUGAAACAGAGAAGGGGGGAAGAAUCACUUAUAACUAUUUAGUUGUUUGCCCAGGAGUAUCCUUAAGAUUUGACAAGAUCGAGGGUUCAAAGGAGGCUCUAGAUGAUCCAAAUUCUCCAGUCGGCUCAAUUUAUAGAUAUGAUUAUGCUCUCAAAGCCUCACUCCUCAGAGAAAACUUUAAGGGCGGCAAAGCUAUUUUUACACUUCCUUAGAUGCCAAUCAAGUGCGGUGGAGCUCCAUAAAAAAUGAUGUACCUAUCAGAAGAGACUUUCAGACGCAAUGGUGUAAGACACAACUCUGAGGUUCAUUUUUACUCAUCAGCAGGCAAUAUGUUCCCUAACUGUGCCAAGUAUGCAGAUAAGCUCUCAACAAUUAAAGAUUCAAAAGAUAUUGAAUCUCACUUUGGAUAAACUAUUUUUAAGGUAGAUAAAGAUUCUAGGAAGGUUUACUUCAGAGACAACAAGACAAAGGAGGUGAUAACCCAAGAUUAUGAUUUCUUGCACUUAGUUCCUCCUCAAACUCCACCUGAAUUCAUACUUAACAGUGGCCUUCCUGCCCCAAAUGGAUUCGUUGAUGUUGAUGCUCAAACAUUAAGACACAACAAAGCAGAAAAUAUUUACGCACUUGGAGAUGUGGCUAACUUACCUACAGCUAAGACUGCUGCCGGAGUAUUUUCUUAGGCUCCAAUUGUUGUCCAAAACAUUCUAAGAUAAAUGGAUAAGAAAUACAUGAAUGGCCAUUAUGAUGGUUACAGCAGCUGCCCAGUUUUUGUUGGUGACAACAAGCUCAUGCUUAUUGAAUUCAAAUAUGAAAACCAGCCAUCAGAAACUUUCUACAGUGGAUAGACAGAGCCUAAUAAGCUAUUCUACUUUUUGAAAAAAGAGGUGUUCCCCAGAGUUUACUUUAACCUAGGACCAAAAGGACUCUGGUUCGGUAAAAGUAUGCUAUUCAAGCCUACUUUUUAUUGA